AUGGCAACCAAUUUUAGUGCUGAUAUUGUUGGAAGAAAUGUUAAAAAUACGUGCCCCGAAUGUUUGACAGGAACCAUUCAAAAAUGUUCAACAUUAACCGGAAAGCUUGGAUUGUACGGCUUAUGGUGGUGUUGCAUCGGAUUUCUAAUAUAUAAACUUUCUCUAUAUGAUUAUUGCGAGUUCUGCUAUCAAGCUCAUUUCGAGCAAAAAUCGAGAGAAAAGCGAAUUACUCAGUUGUUGAUGGAUGACAAAUCGCUAUACGAACCACCAGAUGUGGAUCGUGAGCGAUUGAAGAGAAAAUACGGUAUUGAGAACUUGGUUCAAUAA